ACUUUCUUCCCAAACUCAAAACAGCGAAAAGUCAAUAUAAACCAAAUCUUAAUAUGGCAUGUGUCGUUUUAAACUCUUGGCCAUGUGGGUUGAUUGUUACUGUAACGUUAAGUCACGGCCUCCAACCUAGGUAUUUUCUUGGUGAGGUAUUUUCUAAACUCUCUCAUCAAUCACACUCUCAGGGAUGAACAAUAGUCUCCGCUUCACUAGCUCUGACAUAAAUGAUAACACUAACUACUAUACAAGAGAACUACAGAGUCGCUCGAUGUCAAAUGUCGGAAUGAUGAUGGAUAGCUGGCAGCACAAUGCCAAGGAGGGCGAGAGACCAUUUCGUGUACAAAAAACGAAUUUGCCGGUGCGAGGGACGGUAUUUUCAAUGUUUAGUUACUUAUUUUUGUGACAGGUCUGAAAAGACUUUUCCAUGAUUAUUCCCAAAUACCAGCACUACAGCAGCAAAUAUGGAGGCGCCAAUUUAGGUGUAAAACUUCCAAGUUUUUGUAAAAAUGUCUGGCGUUCUUAUUUUGUUUUUUCUUAGUUGCAUGCUGUUCUUGUGUAGUGGAGAGGUGAAUCCACCACCAGGAGGAACCAGGUUGACAUUUUUAAACGGAUCAACAGCGACGUUACAGUGGUCAUUAGAUGGUGUAUCUGGCAUUAGAUUUCGGACUUGGAAUUUUAAAAGUAGUGACGGGUCAGCUGAGGAAGGAAUUGCGGAAAUCAUUGUAAAUGACCCCCCUCUCAUACUAAACAGCAGUUUACCUCGAGUGUCAGUAAAAACUCCAGCAACCCUGAUUUUACACAAUGUCACGGAGAAAUACAAUGGAACAUAUAAACUUACCCUUGCAGCAAGAUCAGGCAGCGGGAGUUCUGAAGUUGUGGUUUAUAUUGCAGUUACGCCAUCAGUGUGGAUCAAUUGUUCCCGUGUGACCACAGUGAAUACAAGCGAUGAUUUUACAUGUGUAUGUAAAGGGGAGGGUGGCAACCCCCCUGCUGAAGUUACUUGGUAUAAAGGAAACAAAACAAUGGCCACUGGAGUUGAAGAAGCAACAUUACGUCUUAGAAAUGUCACUAAAGACAACUAUGGAAACUACACGUGCGAAGCCAAAAGUCACGAAGAGGCAAAAAAUGAAACAGAAAUUAUCUUAAAUGUCAAUUAUAAACCUGUGGGUACAACCAUUCAGUUCACGCAGUUUUCAGUUCUAAUUAACGAAUCCGUAACCAUAACCUGUGCUUCGAAUGGGCUUCCUAAACCUAAUUUCAUCAUAUCCCACAACGAUACAAAAGUUGCAAGUGGCAUGACGUAUACAAUACCUCGAGUGAACAAAAAUCAUUCUGGAACAUACAAGUGCGUUGCAAGAAACUUUUUGGGAUACGAUUCUGCUUCCCGCUUUCUACACGUCCUUGUGAAGCCAAAUGUGACAAUAAAUUGCUCCAGUCCUAUCAAUGUAAGAGAAGGCGAUUAUUUUAUAUGUCAAUGUUUGUGUAAAGAUGGCAUUCCUCCAGCAAAUUGUACUUGGCUUAAAAAUGGCGCCCCGAUUGAUGAAACGGAAAUGGAAAAGAACACGUUAGUCCACCGUAUAUAUAGAGAGGAUGGUGGAAAUUACACAUGCGUUGGUCGAAGUCACGCUAGAGCACAGGAUAAAAAAUCAGUCAAUGUAUCUGUUUACUAUACAACGAUUAAGUUCUCAGAGAAUCCAGCGAUAUUUGAUGAAUCUGUAAACAUGACUUGUUCAUCACAUGGGCUUCCGGCACCAAGAUACGUGAUAUACUAUAACGAUAGUAGAGUCGUCGCAAGUAAUAUGACGUACACCAUAUCUCGAGUAAACUGGACUCAUGCAGGAACCUACAAAUGCGUUGCAAAUAAUGCUUUGAAAAAUGAUUCUGCUUCCUCAUAUUUAAAUGUAACAAAACCUACAAAAUCUUCAACAACAAUCAAACCAUCUAACACAACAACAACAGCAAUACCAAGCUCGAGCAUUCAAAACGGAACAAACGGAACCUCGCCUGAUGAUGAUGAUAGUGAUAAAACAAUUGUGAUCAUUGUGGUAGUAACUUGUUGUGGAGUAACGAUCAUAGUGAUUGUUGGUGGUCGGGUGAUUUACAUUAAAUGCAAUGGAAGUGGCAACGAAUGUGAUGUGAAUCCAAAUGGCUCAAAAGUGAUCACAAACCACUAUGAACUGGAGGAAGAUCAGUUGGAAGGAGGUGGAAACACAUACGAUACGGCAAAACCACCCGAUAAGGGUGAAGGGUCGCAGAACAAUGCAGAACAGAAGCUGCCCGGAGACUCUCUCCCCCCCGUCUAUGCCUCUGUGGAUAGAGAAAACAGACAAGGCAACACGUUGUAUGCAUCUCUGGACUCUGAGGCGCUGAAAAGACCGUCACAGAAGAAACCAGCGGAAAACCAACCUAAAAUUGCACCAACUGAGUAUGCCAGCAUCGAUUUCAUGAAGACCGCGAAGACACCGAAUGAUGACAGUGUUUCAACCUAAAUGUGGAUAGCGAGAUUGUUACCUUGAGAAUUGCAAUUUGUCAUAACAUUCAAGUCGAUUGAUUUGAACUUUUAUUUUGCAAGAAAGAAUAUUUGAGUGAGAUCUUAAAUACGACUGAAUAGAUCUUUAAUGAUUAGUCUAGUUUGAAGUUAUCGAUUACCGAUCACACAUUGAGUGCAUGAACAUAGAUUGUGUAGUUUUUGAUUAAACAUUUUGUAGUUUUCCACGGUGGGGAGUCUCACCGUUGUAUGCACGUUACUGUAGUGAGCAUAUAUAUAGAGAGAGAGAGAGAGUAGGUUGUAAGACAACAUAUUCAAGGGAAUAUUAACUUGGGUAUAAUAUAUACGCGUAGUUAAACUGCAGAAAAUCGAAAUCAUUUAUCAGUAGAAAAAUUUUCAUAUCUUGUGUGAGAUUUUCAAUGAUGUUUCUGCAACGUGUUGGCCAAGCCAACAGCUUUCUUUUUCAUAGUCACAAGAGACACUAAACUAAACGUUUUUAAAUGCAAUCCCAAAUGUUUCACAAUAGACACUAAACUGCAUGUCCUUAUAUAGAAUGAAAUUCUAAAUGCUUCACCAUGCACACUAGACUGGAUCUCGUUAAAAUGAAAUCCGGAAUAUUUCACAAUUGAUACUAAACUGAAUGUUUUUGCAAUGAAAUCUCAAACGCGUUUGUCAUAGUUCAACCAUCAAUUGAACCAAAAGUCUAAUAGCCACUGAGAGUUUUCUGCGAGGGCUUUUGUUCCGCAGCAAAUAUCUUCAAGUUAAAACGCUUGGAAGUAACUCAAUGUUUCAUUAUUGUUUAAUUAGUGCUCCAUCGUUUAAAAACAGCGGGAAAAUAACGAUAAGCAUAUCUUGUUUGGCACACUUUUAAGGGGGAAAGAAUAGUGCAUGAUAAUUGUUAACUGUAAUGUUUGUAGACGUUUUCCCAAAAUCUUUUCAAUUAAAAAAUUGGUUAAGAAAAAGGUUUGAUUGAUGACAUUGAUUUUCUAAUGGUGAAAUCAAUGGUGUUACCUGCAUGCAAUCUGAUUGGCCUCAGCAGAAUUAUUUCCAAAUCCAAGAUUUUUCUGACCACAGAAUAUAAACACGCCUUAAUGCUUGCAAAUAUGCCAGUAAUAUUGCUCAAAAAUUUUGGUAAAGAUUAGACUGAAAAUAAUGAAAAUGAUAUUCUCAUUAUACAUUUCCCUCGAUACCACAUAAGUAUGUAAACACACGCAGUAUAGUCUACUUUCUUAAAGAUCGUAGCAUUUUGGUAACAUGAAAAACAGAGUAUAUAUAUACAUAUAUGAACGUUUUUCUGUUGGGUCUAUAUAUGUGUAUUUGUAAUUUGUAUUGAAUAGCUAUAGUUUUGGUAUAAACGUAAUUAGAUAGAGUCAUAAUGUCACGCCAUAGGUUGUGAUUUAUGUAUCGACGACUGCUUACUAACGUUUUUGCCUUUCCCGACUUUGACCAAUUUAUGUUCCCUGCAUGGUUCACACGGGAUCCACCAUGGUCCAUGCUUGUCCU